CUUGGACCAGCCCCCUCACUUGCCGCGAUGGCCAAGGGCCUCCGCGUCCCCAAGCUCGAUCUUUCCGCCGUCGUGGCAUCGCAAAAUCCACAGAUAGACCUUCGACUUGAAUCAUACGAAACAUCCACGCAGAAUUUCCUCCGUGCAGUCACAAACUACACACAACGGGCUAUCACUGAAAUCACCAACCGCAAGAAUGCGCACCUCUCAGACAGAAAGAAGUAUUCGGAGAGGAUACAGCAGAUUGAGGCAGAGACGAAUCAGUGCAAAGUGAAGGAGAUAGAGCUCAUCAAAGUCCUUGAUCGGGAACAGGAGGAGAAGAAGGAGUUGGAAACAUCGGUCGCUGCAUUCAAGCGACAAUUGGCCGUAUUCCGCGAGAAGUGCUCUUCUGUGGAGGCUGAGAUUGAACAGCAACGUGCGAUUGCAGCGAACCUACAGCGAGAGAGGGACAGAGAGGAGAGCUUGCUCAGCUCUCAUGCGGCUCGGACAGCUCCAGAGCUCUCGGAGUCAGAGGCGAAAUUGCAAUGUAUCAUUGAGGGUAUCGAGAAGGAUAAGUUGCUUGUUCGAUUCCUCAACCUGAAUCCAAGCAGUCGAGAGCAAGAGUGUAGCUUUGUUAUCGACGUGUCCAGUCGCUCGUAUAAAGUACCGACUACCACGCCGUAUCUUCCAACACUGCCUAUCUUGCUGGACGAGUUGAAUGACACAAGAGACGUGGACGCUUUCAGACAUGUGAUCGAGCAUUAGGUAUUUGUGUUGGCCUCCGUGUUGUAUGUUGUAUCAAUGCGGCACUCUUUGUCUCAUUACCGUGAGCAUGCCACAUGCAUUAUGUGCGGUCUUCAGAUCGUCGCUGCCCAGUAUGCAUCAUGGUGUUCGUUCCUCA